UAGGUCAGGCUAGAGCCUGCCACUGCUGCGAGAGCGGGAUCGAUAGCGCGACGACAGCGCGACGAGGAGGGAAGGGGGAGGGGGAUUCACGCGAGACAGUUCGAUCGCGGAGGGUAUCACAUGGCUACGUCGGAGGGAGAUCGCGACGUUCCCGAUGACCCGUUUCCGUCGCUCCUCGCGCGUCCCCAAGCCGAGACUCACGUUAGAUGACGAACUCAAGAUAGUCCUUCCGCCUGAUAACAUGUCAGAUGGGGUUGAUGGUGGUGGUGGGGAAAACGAGGUAGACUCCCAUUCCUCUUCGCAAGCCGAAGCUGGAGAUUCUUCUAAUCACAGGGAGGAAGAAACGUUGGAUCCUGAUAACGAGGCAGCCCUCAAUACAAAUUAUGACAGUAGCGAUGGAGCUGUUCCUGCAUUCAGAUGUGAUAGAUGUGACAAUUAUGAGACCAUAAAUAAGACAGCUUUCUCCGCUCAUCAAGAUCAAUGUCUGGCGAGCGGCGAAGCUGGAGAGAGCGCUGAGGGUAUAGAAGGAACAGAAAAUGAUGGAGAUGGAGACGAGGGCCAUUCGGGAAUCAGGUCUCACAGAAAGAUGUUUGAGUGUGAUGUUUGUAAUAUGAAAUUUUCAAAUGGAGCUAAUAUGAGACGACACAAAAUGAGGCAUACAGGCGUAAAACCAUAUGAAUGUCGAGUAUGUCAAAAGAGAUUCUUUCGGAAGGACCAUCUUGCGGAACAUUUCACAACGCAUUCAAAAACUUUGCCAUACCAUUGCCCGAUAUGUAACCGAGGUUUCCAAAGACAGAUUGCAAUGCGCGCUCAUUUUCAGAACGAACACGUAGGUCAGCACGAUAUGGUCAAGUCGUGUCCUCUCUGCAAUUAUCGUGCGGCAACCAUGAAAUGCCUUAGGUUGCACUUCUUUAAUAGACAUGGAAUAGAUUUAGAUAAUCCAGGACCAAAUAGUUCUACGUCCAUAAUGAAUAGUUGCACGUCGGGAGAGGCAAUGCCUUCAGCACCUUUGUCCGAUAGCGGGGACAGUACUGGCAACCGUUCAACUGACAAUGCCACGCCCCCCAUGCAUUUCCUAACGCCUCAUGUGGAAAUAUCCAUUCCUUAUCCUGAACAAACUGCUAAUCAACGAAAUCCAAGUCCUGCACCGCUAAACGGAGAUAGUCCCAAUAGUCCACAAAGUGCCGACAGCAAUAGCAACGCGCCGAGCAGUAGUCAUCAUCAAUUAUCUAUCAAUAGCAGUACGAUCCAUAGGAACGUAGGCGGAGGCGAUGAAGCUAUUACCCCAUCGAUCUCUCUUAUACCCAUCAAGCAGGAACCAAACAGCAACGGUAUGGACGACAGUGGGGCGACGUCGAGCAAUCUACCGUUACCGUCAUUGAUCAAAGUGUCCCCGUUGAAAUCAUUGCUGCGCGACGAUCUGCGCCGCAAGCUCUCCACCAGUUCCACCAAUAACAACAAUAACAGUAGUAACAACAGUGGUGGCGGCGUUAAUUCCAAUCCACACUCGAGAGGCGAACCACCUACUUCGACCAGGCCGGAUCCUCGCACGAGCGGCCUCCAGUGUACUCACUGUCGCAUUACAUUUCCGGAUCAGACGUUGUACUUCCUCCAUAAAGGUUGUCACAGCGAAAGUAACCCGUGGAAGUGCAAUAUUUGCGGGGAGCAAUGCUGCAAUUUGUACCAGUUCAACUCGCAUUUACUGAGCAAGAGUCAUCAGUAGCUGGAGGAAGAGAGCAGAGAAAUACCCGCAGUUAAAAUUCGUCUUUCGUCCUUUCAUUUCUUCUAUUUUUUUCUUUUUUUCUUCGUUGAACGAAACAAAAUGGCAGGAGAAUUGGUACGUCGUACGUACGUUCAGUGUUCAUUAGCAUGACGGUACAAGUAUUUUCUGCCACGUGCCCCAGACAUGUUUCUCGCCAAAAAUAUAUUCGAGAACCGCAGGAACGUCACAACGCAACGGUGAGUCAAUUGUAAGUUGAAUUGUAAAUUAUUCUCAAGAAUUCGAGAAAAAGAGAAAGUAUGUCUGCUCGGUCAGAAAAUAAUGUAUAAAGCGCGACAAAUUGUGCCUUUCCUUUAAAAGAGAGAAAAAGGGAGAGAAAUUCGCGAGAAAAAAAAAUAUUGCCAACACUCGUCCAUCAUGCUGUUAUAUUGUACGAAUUAUCCGUCCAUAGGGCUUUAUCGAGAUAUUCCGAGCUCUAUUAUUAGUCUUAAAUUAGUGAUGUAAGUAUGGAAACGCGACGCGGAUACGUCGUAGAUUGCCCUGUCGAUAAUCGCGAAAAAUAAAAAUAUAUAUAUAACUAUGUCGUACUUUUAUCGCAAAAAAAGUACGUUAAAAUGUCGAAUAAAUACAUAGAGAUGAUCAAGUUGACGCUGUGCGGUUUGAAUGCUUGAAACAAAUGCGACGACGCGGAUGUAGUCCAUCGAAAGUCUAUUUCUUACAGACGAAGAGAGGUAGAAGGAAAGCAACGCAUUUAUUAUCGUUCUACGGCUAGGCUCCUUCAAAGAUGGAAAAAAAUUGUACGUUACAAAGUAAAGGAAAAGAAAGUUCGUAUACUUAUGUGCGUAGGUUUGAAUACGAGAGUUACACGCGUGAAAUAUGUGAAUAUAACGAAA